AUGGUGCCACCAUGUGGCUCGAUCGGAAUGGAGAGGUUGCUGGGAAAGCAGCCUCGCGGCCGCCCUGUCCACCCAGCGGUCGCAUUUCCCAAAAACGCAGGCCAGCCCAGAGAGCUCUGUGCAGCCAAUGAAACACUUCUCCAAGUGGGGUUGCCGUGGGAGAUGCCGCUGUCUACGCAAAGCGAGAUCCUGCUAGCAGCCGUGAGCUCAGCGAGCCAUGGCACUGUUAACCCGGAUGAGGUGGGAGCUCUUGUCUUCGACAUCGGCUCAUUCACUGUGAGAGCUGGCUACGCUGGAGAAGACUGCCCCAAGGCGGACUUCCCGACCACCGUGGGACUCAUUAACCACGACGAGGCGGCCAUGGAGAUCGAUGAAGAGAAGGACGCAAAGUCGGGGAAGACGUACUACAUUGACACUAACUCCCUGCACGUGCCCAGGGAGGGUGUGGAGGUUAUCUCUCCUCUGAAGAAUGCAAUGAUUGAGGACUGGGAUUGCCUCCAGGCAAUUCUGGAUCACACCUACACCAAGCACAUCAAGUCGGAACCAAACCUGCACCCUGUCCUCAUGUCGGAAGCACCGUGGAACACCCGGGCCAAGCGAGAGAAGCUGACCGAGCUGAUGUUUGAGCACUACAACAUCCCCGCCUUCUUCCUCUGCAAGACCGCGGUGCUCACCGCCUUCGCCAACGGGCGAUCCACUGGCCUGGUCCUCGAUAGUGGUGCUACCCACACGACUGCUAUCCCCGUGCACGAUGGCUACGUCCUGCAGCAAGGCAUUGUCAAGUCUCCACUGGCUGGUGAUUUCAUCUCGAUGCAGUGCCGGGAGCUGUUCCAGGAAAUGAACAUGGAAAUCACUCCGCCUUACACAAUCGCCUCAAAGGAGCCCGUUCGGGAAGGCGCGUCACCGAAUUGGAAGAGAAAGGAGAAGAUCUGCCAUGUCACCAAAUCCUGGCACAACUACAUGUGCAACGAAGUAAUCCAGGAUUUCCAAGCUUCUGUACUGCAAGUUUCUGACUCACCGUAUGAUGAACAGGUCGCUGCUCAAAUGCCCACCAUCCAUCAUGAGAUGCCCAAUGGCUACAACUGCGACUAUGGGGCUGAGAGAUUGCGGAUACCUGAGGGCCUAUUUGAUCCCUCCAACGUCAAGGGCCUGUCGGGGAACACGAUGCUGGGUGUUAGUCACGUCGUCACGACCAGCAUCGGGAUGUGUGACAUCGAUAUUCGGCCGGGCCUGUACGGCAGUGUGAUUGUCACCGGGGGCAACACCUUGCUUCAAGGCUUCACCGAUCGGCUGAACCGGGAGCUCUCACAGAAAACACCGCCUAGCAUGCGGCUGAAGCUGAUAGCCAAUAACAGCACAGUGGAGCGGCGAUUCAGCCCCUGGAUUGGCGGCUCGAUCCUUGCGUCCCUGGGCACUUUCCAGCAGAUGUGGAUCUCAAAACAGGAAUACGAGGAAGGGGGCAAACAGUGCGUGGAGAGGAAGUGCCCCUGAGCACCGAGUAGGAAGGACCCCCAUACAUUAGCUGCCCAUAUGUCUGUCUGAAAGCCAAGCUCUUGCCUGCGCUCCCUUU